CUCCUCUGCUCUUAAAUCAGCUGGACCUUCUUCUGGUGCCCAAACCUCAGCUGUGCUCUGUGCUGGGAGGAUCUGACACAAGGCCGCAGCCCCCGAACCCUGAGAAAACAUGUGCUACUCCAAGAUACCCUUAGAAAAAAUUGAGAAGCUGAGGUCCAAUAUGCACAAGGGUGUAGACACGGUCUGUGAUCAUUUGGAAAACAACAGAGAAGACCAGGUGGGUCUGUCUCCCCACUCCUGUGCUCCGCAUCAUGUCCAGUCAGCACUAACUGAGAUGGAGAACCAACUCAAUGAGGAUUUGCUUGAUGUCGUGGAUGCUCACCUUCAGAGCAACAACCAGGAAUCUACUCCUUUACUUCUCAAAGACCAGGAGGAACUACGUAGUGGAAUUCGUUGCAGACACCAGAAGCCCUCUGGCCCUGACCUUGAAACUGAAGAUGCAGUGGCCCAACAGCCUGGGGAGACCUUCUGGCAGAAGGUAUGCAGUUGGUUCCAAGGGAUGCUGCAUCGACUGAAGCAGACAUGGCAGAAGGUGUGGACCUGGGUGAAGAGGAAGGCGGCUGCCUUGUGCAGUCUAAUGGUGUCUUUGUGGAAUAGGAUUGAAAGUUUCUUUUCCUCUAUGGUAUACUCUUGUUGAGCACCUCGCAGGCCUGUGGAGUCCCACAGAGUCUAGGAGGAUCACAGCCACACCUAGUAGCCCUCUGAUUCCCCCUUUCUUUGAAAGAACCUUCUGAAGUAACCUUUGCCCUCCUGCUCACCCUUGACCUGUCCUUGACAACCUCCCUCCUUACCUGCUCCCUUGCACAGCCUCUCCACCCUGCCUGCCUGGGUUGCCUUCUCCACGUGUGACCUGUUGCUCUCACUAGGUCACUUGAAUAAAAGUUGGUUGAACCAAA